AUGUUGGACAUCCCACAUUACACAUUACGCAUCACACACUGCACACAUCUGAGAAGACAUGAACACUUGUAUUAUACAUCAUCUUUUCGCAUCAUAUAUCAUCAUUCAUCUAUCGCGUUCUUCCUAUGUAUCGGUAUCAUGGACGAGACGACGGAUACCGGACACCUGACAUCUGCUCCUGGAUCUUCAGUCUUCAACAGGCUUCUAAAUUUCUCUCUUUCUCUCUGUCUCUCUCUCCCGACUGUGGUUCUUCAUCCUUUGCUCUCUGUCAGCGAGAGCUUAAACUUGCUUCUUUGCUUCGUUUUUCUCACUGGCUCUGAUCAUUUCUCAUCACUUGCAUCUCUCGCAUUGGGCAACCUCACUCUCCCAGUUCCCAUCCUUCACACUGGAUACCGUCGGAGACAGACUCGGAGGGCGGAGAAACGAGAGGACGGAGACGAACGCACGAGGUGCAGCGACGCUUCCUUCGUGGAGAUUAGGUCGACCCUGCAUGCAUGCACGCACGCACACUUAUACGCACAAUUCGCUUCUCGAAUCGAAGCUAUGCUAAGUCUGAUUGCUUCGCGGGAGGGGUUUCCGCUUUCACUUAGCGUUCGACUUCGCCCAAUGGCAACGGGUGCAGGACUUCAUUUCCAAUCGGCUGUUGGAAUCUCAUGGCCAGUCGACAUGAUCACUCAGUAA